AGGAGCAGGGUGGGAAGGGAGAGCAGAGGAGCGUAGAGAGGGGAUCUGCAUUGUAAGUAGCUCUGAGAGCAGCAAGUGGUGGCUGUUUUUCAGCCUGUUUUUGUUUUCCAGAGGAGGCGGAGAACACAAAGAAGAAAGAGGAGAAGAAGCAGGCUGAAGAGCACAUAUUUGAAAUGUGUGAGCAACGUUUAAGAUAAAAAGAGGAAGAAGCUGAAGGAGGAUAAGGAGGGAAAGAAGCCGGGAGGAACACAAGGCAGCAAUGGAUAGCAGAGUGGCUCAGUCUGACCCUGGGAUGGCCUGGAUUCACACACUGCUGCUGGCCACAGUCCAGCACACACACUAGGCUGCUAACACAGAUGAGAUCUCAUGUGUUCAUCCAGCCAUGCUCCCUGGUUAUGGAUUCUCACCUUUUCCUGAUUUCCAACCCCACCGUCACGCUUUUCACUGCAGAGGAGAGAGUCCCAGCAUGUGGAUCCCCGGCUCAGGAGAGUCCCAAGUUCUGAGUGAGGCCCAAGAGGACAGACCUCUCCUCCACCCUUGUCACCAUAAGCAUGUCGCCGUUUGCCAACAGGAAACUUUGGCUUUUAUUGAGAUCCAACCACCGGUGACACCCAAAAUAAACAGACUUGGCUCUCACAGGCAAACUGUUAUUCCAGACGCACAAUGCACGACACAGUCCCGGCCCCUGAAUGGAUUUAGACACACUCUGAAUGAACUGAAUGACAUGCAGAGGGGCUGCAACAGGACAGACAAUGAGCAUGAAACUACUUUGAAUCUGAACUCUCAUACACCUGUGAGUGACGUUGAGCUCAAAUGUCAUAAUGGCAUCAGGACUUCUUUGAAGGAGCAAAACGAAAAGCCACGAUGUGUCACAACAGUGUGUCGACCCCUGCAUUCAGCUCUUAGCCUCCCCCUGUCGCUCCCUCUGUCCUCUCUGUACACAAACAGAGACUCCUGGGAAUCUCAGGUACCUUGUUCCCCAUCCUCACCUGAGGGUCUUGGAUGUCAGAGCCCAGACUCCUACCAGCCACAGAGGAGGACAUCACAGGGUUCACUGAAAGAGAAGUCUAUACGGCGGAAGAUGCAGGUUUAUUCUCCAGACAGCCUCAGUGAUGAAUCUCUCAGCAGUCCAGUCCUGGACCCAGACUACAUCUUCCCAGGACCUUUUGCAACUUUCCUGGAGGAGGACCUGAGUGGAUUAUCUUCCCUGGAGGCCAUGUCAAGUGCAUCCUCUACAGACGGAGUUACAGAUCUCUCUAACCUCAGUCACGACGAUAUUUUUAAUCUACCUGAAGAACCACUGCAGAUUAUAGAGGACUCACUUCCAGGUUUGGGGGAGGACAGAGGGACAGUAGAGGCAUUAUGCGCCACAGGGGGGAGUUUUCUGCCACGCACUCGCCAAGGGGAUCAGGAACGGCGGCGCUUCUCAGCCUCAGAACUGAUAUCUAGACUGCAGCUCUCUCAGAGGAAGAACUCCUUCACUCUGAAGCUGGGGAAGUCACUGUCUGCUCGGGUAGCCUCCAGGGACAGACAGAGCUCCUGCUUCAGCCCCAACAUGGACUAUAAACCAAACUCUAAACACCGCAGCUCAGGAGCUUCUACUGACAGCGCCCCCCACAGUCCUGUAGGACCUGCACCUUCUCUGCCGCCCACCAGUGAGAAUGGCAUGCCAAUACAUCGAUGGAGCUCAAAACUCAGCAUGAGAAAGAAAUCUAUAGACGAGGACUCAGCCACACUACCAGCUGUUCCUGCCUCCAAUCGCUUAUCACGGUUUUUACCCAGCUCAAUACUGUACCAGGAAUACAGCGAUGUUGCCAUCAACAGAGAGAUCCAGAGGCAGCAGGGGAAGGAGCCAGGCACAGAGGAGGAGGGGCUCAGGGACGAGGGAUCAGACGGGACCCCGUCUCCUUCUAAUCUGUCUCCAUCCAGCUCCUUUCGCUCAUCACGAGGCUCUGCAUUUGCUCUGUGGCAGGACAUCCCUGAUGUUCGGAGCAGCGGUCAGCUCGACAACUUCAGCAACGAGGAAAGGAAACUACAGGAGGCAAAGUUUGAGCUGGUGACAUCAGAAGCGUCAUACAUCCGCAGUCUGACCAUCGCAGUGGACCACUUCAUGCUGUCACACGAGCUCGCAGAGUGUCUCGGAGCUCAGCACAAGCAGUGGCUCUUCUCCAAGCUGCCUGAAGUCAAAGAUGUCAGUGAGAGGUUUCUUCAGGACCUGGAGCGGCGUCUGGAGGAAGACAUUCUGCGUUUUGAUGUGUGUGACAUCGUCCUGGAUCACUGCCCGGCUCUGAGAAGAGUUUAUUUACCUUAUGUUACCAACCAGGCUUAUCAGGAGCAGACCUAUCAGCGCUUGUUGCAGGAGAAUCCUCGUUUCCCUGGCAUCCUGGCUCGUUUGGAGGAGGACCCCGUCUGCCAAAGACUUCCUCUGACCUCUUUUUUAAUCCUCCCGUUUCAGAGGAUCACACGGCUUAAAAUGCUGGUGGAGAAUAUCUUAAAGAGGACAACACCCGGCUCUCGAGAUGAGGACACAGCCACGAAAGCUUUCAAUGAGCUAAAAAAGAUCAUCAAAGAAUGUAACUCCAGCGUACAGUCCAUGAAGAGGAUGGAGGAACUUAUUCACCUCAAUAAGAAGAUCCAUUUUGAGGGGAAGAUCUUCCCUCUGAUCUCUCAGUCCCGUUGGCUGGUGAAACAUGGAGAGCUCCUGGAGGUGGACACUCAGAUGAUGAGCAUUUCUGGAUCCAAGCUCAAAUUUCCCACCAAACCUGUGUACCUGCACCUCUUCAAUGACUGCCUCCUGCUGUCCAGGAGGAAGGAUACAUGGAAGUUCAUGGUGUUCGUGCAUGCCAAGAUCGGGGAGCUGAAAGUGAAGGAUCUCAGUCAGAAGCUGCAGGGCAUCUCAGGCUUCAUCUUCCACCUGCAGCUGUGUGAAGGCCAACAUCUCAAACACCAGAUCCUGCUGAAGUCACACACCGAGAGCGGGAAGCAGAGAUGGAUCACGGCCAUGUUUCCAUCUAAUCCACUGGAAGACAUCGAGCAGGCCAGUGAAAAUGAUGCUAUACCCCAGGUUCAGUGCAUCAAGAGCUACCAGGCUCAAGAGCAUGAUGAGUUAACGCUGGAGAAGGCGGACAUUCUUCAUGCAAAGACCAUAACAAGUGACGGCUGGGUGGAGGGUAUCAGGCUGUCUAACGGGGAGCGGGGCUGGUUCCCCAAAACCUACGUGGAGGAAAUCACAAGUCGCAGCGCACGCCUCCGAAACCUCAGAGAAAAUAUCCGCAUCAAAUGUGUCACACAGAAACUGGAGGGAGAGGACUAAACGCUUUCUACGUGUCAAAGGUGCAUCUCAGUGGCUAACCUGCAGAUUUGUAGCCUCAGGAUGAUUGUUUGAUUUUACACGGAUUGUGGGACCUACUGUAUGUUUAGUGUGCUCGUGCUAAAAGAAUCAAACGUUUGGUUCUGUCAUGGAUGCUAAACUGUGUAGCAGCUUUUUCCUUUAGCAUGCUAGCUGUGAAUGUUUUAAUGCUCCUUUGCAUAUUUAGUAUAAAGACUGUUAUACAAUAAGAGUCCAUCAACAAAAGUUCACAUUUUGUAACCAAAACACUCCAAACUGUACGGCUGCUACUUUGACCAGAUCUCUCUUAAAAAGAGAUUUUCAAUCUUUAUAGGUCUCCAGGUAAAACAAAGCAGGAGCACUCCGUUCAUGCAUGCUUUCUGUGCAUGCAUUUCAUUACCGCUUCCUGUGAUAAAUGCACACCUGCAGGUUUAACAUGUAAACUUGUCCAAAGGUAAACUUGUACAUUUCUUAGGUCAGGUCAGAGGAGGACAGAGCAGAAGGUGCCACUUUAAUUUCCUCAGCUGUGUUUCUUUUUUCUCAAUAGAUUGUGUUACUGUACACAACACUUUCAUUCAUGUGAUAUCACAACAUCAGAAAACCGCUUGCAGGCAGAUCCUGCUGCUGAGCUGAACUUCAAAGGUCUAUUAAUCUUCCUGUUCUUUAACAAUGAGAGAAGGGGUUUUUUCAGAUAGAAGAUUACACAUUUCAUAAACAUGGGUGUUUUCUUUAACCAAAAUUUAAAUUUCAAAAAUAAUUUGAUGUGCUUUUACUAUUUUAGUUAAUUCAAUGACCUCUCACAGAUUAGUAGGGCUGUCAAAUGAUUCUGUUUUUUGCGUAACAAGUCAAGUCUUCCCUGACAGCGUGAAACAUUUCUUACCCGUGUCUUGAUUUGGGAAUCCCAUUCAUCUGAGUGACUGAUCUUGUCCUUCAUGACUGGUCACAACAUGCCGACCCUGAGAACUUCCCUAAAACUGUCUUCCACAGUGUUGACUGGCCUCAAGUCAAUUCCCACUUCUUUAGUAAGCACUGUAGUUAACUUCUUCAGUUAGCUUCAUCCACAGGUGUGUGACGACUCACAGACUCCAGAAUGAGGUUCUACUUGACUUUGUGAUGUGGUUGCUCGCUGACAUCAGUCUGAUUAGCUGCACCUGUAUGCAGUAAGAAGUAAUUCUGUUUAACAGAAAGUGCACAUUACUUUUGACUUGUCAUUUGCGGAGCAAUUUAAAGUGACAUGUGCCAUUCAAACCUGAAAUGGUAUCAUUAUUUUCCAUCCCAGCAGCAGCAGGAAAACGCUGGCUUAACUACAAUGUGCUGAAUGGGACAAAAUAACAACAGAUAAAAAAAGAGUGUAUUAAUUUUGGAGCUUAAUUGCAUCGUGACUAACAUGUUAAAGCUGACAGCCCUGGUUAGAAGAUGUGGAUUACUCCACAUGGCCUGUAUGGAUGGUAACUGACUGCAGUAACAAUAUAGACUGUGUGAUCUCCUCUGGUUGUGCGGACGAGGACUCUGUGUUUUAAUAAUGUCAACAAAGCCCAUGUCAAGAUUCAAGCUAACAUUAACUUAUCCUCCUGACUGGAGUUUUCUGUGCACAUACACUACCAGUCAAAAGUGUGGAAACACCUUCUCAUUCAAGGGUUUGUAUUUAUUUUAAUGAUUGUAAACACUGUAAAUUAAUACUGAAGACAUCUAAACUAUGAAAGAACAUAUAUGGAAUUAUUUAAUGAACAAUAAAGUGUUAAACAAAGCAGAAUAUGUUUUAUAUUUUAGAUUCUGUAAAGUAGCCCCCUUUUUCCUUCAUGACAGCUUUGCACACUCUUGGUCUUCUCUCAGUCUGCUUCAUGAAGUGGUCUCCUGGAAUGGUUUCUAAUGAACAUGAGCCUUGUCAAGAGUUCAUUUGUAGAAUGACUUGCCUUCUUAAUGUGUUUGAGACCAUCAGUUGUGUUGUUCAGAGGUAGGGUUAGUACACAAUGGAUAGCCCUAUUUGACUACUGUUGUAAUCCAGAUUAUGGUAAAACCAGAUUAUUUCAUAGUUUUGAUGUCUUCAGUAUUAAUCUACAGUGUUGAAAAUAAUUAAAAUAAAUAAAAACCAUUGAAUGAGAAGGUGUGUCCAAACUUUUGACUGGUAGUGUAUUUCUGAAAAUACUACCAUAAGUUAGUAUCAGUCAAAUUAAAUAUAGUCCCCAACUAAUGCACUGUUCACACCUUAAAGCAUAAUGUUUGCUUAUCACUGCAGCAGCUGCUGUAGAGUACCAUUAAGAUUUUUAUUGUAUUUAAGAGUUUUAUAGAUUUAUGUUGUCAGUAUUAAUGAGGAAGGCUUGGGAGAUGUUUUUUAAGAUGUUUUUGAUCCUUUGACAAAUGGAGGAUCAAACUUAUCAUGUAUCACAGGAGCUUCUUGUCAACUAAGCAUUGUUGCUUCCCCGACGGGAGGGAUGAGUAAGGGAGAGUUUGAAUCUAGAAUCUGACCCCUUCUGCACAUUGUACCUAUAAAAUUAUAUUUUUGGGGCAUUUUCCUUAAAAAGUUUAGGUCAUCUGUAAAUGACUUUUCUGUUUACGGACCAAUCAUUCAGCACUAUAAACUUUGCAGAAUCUGGUUAUACAUUGUCAGUUUUGGUCUUUUCAUGGCGUUUGUUGACAAAAAUGAAAAUAAAACUUAAGAGCAGAACUGUCUCCAGAAAACAAGGACGUAGAGAUGUAACAAAUUCACCUUUGGACACAUUUACAAAGAGGAUCUGUGGGGUAAAUGUCUAAGUUAGCCUUCUUUGACUAAUAUAGAAACUUUGAGAAGCUCCAGCUGAAUAAAUUUAACAUUGUUAGAUAAUAGCACUGAAUUAUAUUAAAGCCAACAUCAUGCAUAGAUUUCUCCUUAUUAGGAGUCCCCAAACAAUCAAUGCUCAGUGUGACUGAGCUCAGACCUGUUUUUAAUAAACCACUAUAAUCAACAUUCAGAGAUAAACUCUUCCGGCGGCACAUGAGAGCUUUAUCACCCUUUAUUAUUUCUCUUUCUGCAUUUUUAGUUGUAAUGAAGUGGUUGCUGUUGCAGCGUGUGUAUUUAUACUCCUCUAGCUGGUUGUUCUUUCAGGAGAUUCUCGUGUAAAUGUUCUCUACUGUAGAUGCUUCAUGUAUAAAGAGUAGAAAAAGGUUGAUGUAAUUUAUAUGAACAAAGAUCUGACAAAUAUUUUAACAUUUUUUUAACCAUAAACUUUUUAGUUUGAUUCAUUUCUAAUACAGCUGAAUAUAAAUACUGUUUUACACUGGAUGUUUACUGGAUGUGUGCACACUACUGUAAGUGUUUAACCAUUGAAAUAAAUACUUCCAUUUU